GCGGAAAGUCAAUCUACGGUAACAAGUUUCCCGACGAGAACUUCAGCUUGAAGCACACGGGACCCGGUGUGCUGUCGAUGGCCAAUGCCGGCCCCAACACGAACGGAAGCCAGUUCUUCAUCUGCACGGUGCCCACGCCCCACCUGGACGGCAAGCACGUCGUCUUUGGAAGUGUUGUGGAAGGCAUUUGGUUUUGGGCCGUGCUGUUUGCAUUCGUUCUAGGGUUAGAGGAGUGGCAGUUAUCAUGGACCAAAAUAAGCAUGAUCGGCAUCACCAUCAUCACCACUGCCAUCACAAUCAUUAUCAUCAUCAUCAUCAUCAACAUCACCAUUGUCACGAUCAUACUGUCAUCAUCAUCAUCAUCAUCAGCAGCAGCAGCAGCAGCAGCAUCGUGA